GGUGCAUGUAUUUUGUGACGCCUCAGAAGAGGCGUAUGGUUCAGUGGCGUACCUCCGGACCACUGACCAACAUGGUGAAGUGUAUCUGUCAUUCCUGAUGGCCCGUUCCAGAGUCGCUCCUAAGCGAUUUCACUCUAUGCCCCGAUUAGAACUCUGUGCUGCCCUUACUGGUGCACAGCUCUCUCAGGUGCUGAAGAGGGAGCUUACCAUCCACAUUGAUCGGACAACCCUUUGGUCAGAUUCCACAACGGUGCUGACAUGGCUGAGGUCUGAAUCCUGUCGGUUUAAGGUCUUUGUGGGCACCCGCGUGGCCGAGAUACAGGAGCUGACUGACGGGCAUGCCUGGAGAUAUGUUGAUACCGCAAGAAACCCUGCGGAUGACGUAACACGCGGAAAGAAGCUGCGAGAGCUUAUUCAACCAAAUAGAUGGAGCCUGGGACCAGCCUUCCUCCUGAACAGUCCAGCCUCAUGGCCAGAGGACCCCACUGUUGACCAAACAGAAGAUACCUCAGAGCUACGCAAACCUAUCUUCUGUGGGGUCGCCGCCGUUGCAUCAAGCCAGUCAACUUCAGAACUGGGCCAAUACAGCUCGUGGAAGGAGUUGUUGGAAGGGACAGUGCAGGAGCUGCAUGGGGCGGCCAACUCUAAUGAUAAGCCCACAGCUGAAGACUACCGACAGGCUGAACAGUUAAUAUUUCAGAGGGCUCAGAGGGAUAGUUUUCAGCAGGAGUACCACCUUCUGAAAGCUGGUAAACCUGUCCCCAGCUACAGUCGACUUCGCAUGCUGUCUCCAGAGCUGGAUGAAAAGGGAGAGCUCAUCCGUGUUGGAGGACGACUCCGUCGAGCAGAAGGUCUAGAACUGACCACUCUUCAUCCAGUCAUCUUGGACCCAGGUCAUCGAGUAACUACGCUCUUGAUUCAAGACUUUGAUAACCGCCUCCACCACCCAGGACCAGAGCGGGUAUUCGCCGAGCUUCGACGCUCCUUCUGGAUCCUGCGAGGACGUGAGGCUAUCCGGCGCUACCAGUAUAGCUGCGCUGACUGUAGACGAUGGAGGGCAAAACCUGCAGUGCCGAAGAUGGCAGACCUGCCAUCAGCCCGUCUGCGCCUUUUCAAGCCUGCUUUCUAUUCUACGGGGAUGGACUGUUUUGGGCCAUUUGAGAUCAAAGUGGGCCGGCGCCGGGAGAAGAGAUGGGGGAUCAUUUUCAAGUGCCUCACAACUAGGGCGGUGCACUUGGACCUCCUUACUGCUAUUGAUACGGAUGCUUUUCUGAUGUCCCUUCGUCGGUUCAUUGCCCGUAGAGGAACGCCUGCAGAGCUGUUCUCCGAUCAGGGGACAAAUUUUAAGGGAGGUGAGCGGGAACUCCGUGAAACUUUCACUGAAAUGUCUAAAGAACUACGACAUCUCCUUGCACCACAGAAGAUCUCCUUCCGCUUUAACCCCCCAGCAGCUCCCCAUUUCGGAGGGGUGUGGGAGAGGGAGAUACGCUCAGUUAAGAGCGCACUCUAUGCCACAGUCGGUGCUCAGCCUGUUCCAGAAGAAGUGCUUCGGACCGUACUUACUGAGGUGGAAGGGAUCCUUAACAGUAAACCCUUGGGUUAUGUGUCUUCAGAUGCCAGUGACCCAGAUCCAGUGACUCCCAGUGUUCUUCUCAUGGGGCGGCCUGAUGGUUCGCUACCUCAGGUAGUCUACCCCGAAAGUGAGCUCAUCUGUCGCCGGCGUUGGAAGCACUCCCAAAUCUUGGCUGAUCACUUCUGGGCCCGUUUCAUCCGACUCUAUUUGCCGAGUCUACAAGCUCGCCAGAAGUGGCAGGCUACACCAGCUGAUAUUGCAGGGGACUGUGUAGUGAUGAUCGCUGAUCCGCAUCUUCCGAGGGCCCUCUGGCCCAUUGGAAAAGUAGUCAAGACUCAUCCCAGCCCUGACGGGCACAUCAGGUCCGCUGAUGUAAAGGUGAAGGAGAGAAUCUACACCCGGCCAGUUGCCAGGCUGGUUGUUCUCCCUGCACUUCCUUCUGGUGAAGAUGGAGAUGGUUUCACUCCUGCCACUACACCCCAGCCAUAGAACUUUGUUGCCUUUAGUGAUGAGCAAAUGUAUUACAUACAUUUGGGGGCGGCUGUAGAAAAGGCCCCAAAGUUAUGUUAUUGUUGCUAUUAUUUAGUACAGUUGACCAUAACGUGCUUUAUGUUUCACUUUACUCCCGUUUAUUCAGUGUUUGUAAUAGGGUAGCAAAGGCGCGCGCUGGUUUGUAUAUUAUAUCUGACGUCACGCAGUAGUAUGCAGUACGAUAGAGAUGGUCAGUCGGUUGUCACGCAGUUAGUAUUCAGUAUGAUAGAGAUCAUCGGUCGGUAAAAUUAUAAUUGUGAGUGACACUUUCCUCAGCGUGUGCGUGAAUGAGAAAAAAACCACACUAGAAAUUACUCUCACCUUUAAACUCACUCAUACAAGAAAGAGGAGGAAUAAACAGAAUAAUAAGAAUUAUCUCUCCGCUCUUCAUUUCAUACUCUGGAAUAUUUGGCCUUAAGUGGUGUUCUGGCCGACACACCUGAGUGAACCUGGUGAUAAACCCAGAAUUAGCACCUAGACUGAGUGUUUAACCAUUAUCUUCACUU